AUGUCGCUCGCUACGCGCAUCUACCUCUGGCUGGGCGUGCCGCGCCCCUUUGACGCGCAGCACCGCUACGUGACCUCGUACCUCCUGCCUCCCUUCUACCUCUUCCUCUGGCGCGCCACCGUCGGCCUCUACGCCCUCUUUGCCUGCAUCUACACCGCCGCCCGCGAUGGCGGCAGCACCUUUAGCUACUUCACCAACAUGUGCUACUUUGGCCUCGCCGGCUACUUCCUCGCCAGCGCCGCGCACACCCUCUCGUUCUGGCUGAGCUUACGGCGAUGGCAGCGAAGCCGCUCCUCGUCGUCGUCUUCGUCGUCGCCGUCGUCGGACUCGUCGAUGGCUGCGGCAGAGUACGACGAGAAAAAGGCCGGAACCGUCUCGUCGCACGGCGCCGAAGAGGCCGGCGAGGCCCCGCCACGCUCGUCUGCCUCGUACCCGCGCUCCUGGCUUGACUCGUUCCCGCGUCCCCUCCAGGCAGCCCAUGCGCUGCUGGUGAGCACCCUGACGACCUACCCGCUCAUCGUCACCAUCGUGUACUGGCUGCUGCUCGGCAACGGCACCAGCUUCCGCACGGCCUACACGUCCUACUCCAACAUGUCCAAGCACGCCCUCAACCUCGCCGUCGCCGUGACCGACGCCGUCAUCCUCAGCCGCGCUCCCAUGCGGCCUUGGUGGCACCUCCUCGCCGUCGUCGUCAUGAUCGCGUCCUACAUCGGCGUCGCCUACAUCACCCACGCGACCCAGGGCUUCUACACGUACGACUUCCUGGACCUGUCCAAGCACAGCUCCGGCGUCGUGGCCGCCUACAUCAUCGGCAUCGGCGUCGGCACCGUCGUGUCGUUCAUGAUCGGCCAGCUGCUCAUCUUCCUGCGCGAGUGGGUCGCGGCGCGCAUCCAGAAGAGCGGCGGCUGGGGAUCCGCCCGCGUCGCCGGCGUCGUCGACGACGCCUUUGUGCCCACGCCCCGCGGACCGGGACCCGAGGGCGAGGGCGGAAAGAGGACCGAGGAGUCUCAGUGGCGCGGUCGCUGGCCCGCUUCGGCCGCCGAGUAG